CACUGUAAGUUUAUUUUCGGCUUCCGCUCUUCUGUACCGGCCAUCAGUUUUGUUCACCAUCCCCGGGGAGCCGAGGGAACCGAAGUUGCCAGGCCGGGCGGCGCCGCCCGUCCCCGGGGAAGCCCGGCGGCGUGAGGCCGCCCGCCGCCGCUGCUUAUGCAACACAUCAUCGAUAACCACCCCGACAUGGCCACGGCGCUGCUGGCGGGCGAGAAGCUGAAGGAGCUCAUCCUGCCGGGGCAGCAGGAUGACAAGGCGGGCGCGCUGGCGGCUCUGCUGCUCCAGCUGAAGCUGGAGCUGCCCUUCGACCGCGUGGUCACCAUCGGGACCGUCCUCAUCCCCAUCCUCCUCGUCACCCUCGUCUUCACCAAGAACUUUGCCGAGGAGCCAAUAUACUGUUACACACCACACAACUUCACCCGCGAUCAAGCCUUGUAUGCCAGAGGAUAUUGUUGGACAGAAUUAAAAGAUGCCUUGCCAGGAGUUGAUGCCAGCCACUGGCCCUCCUUGUUUGAGCAUAAGUUCCUACCUUAUGCACUGCUGGCUUUUGCUGGGAUAAUGUACAUUCCAGCUCUGGGCUGGGAAUUUCUGGCCUCCACUCGACUGACUUCAGAGCUGAAUUUUUUGCUUCAGGAGAUCGAUAACUGCUACCACCGUGCAGCUGAAGGGCGGGCACCAAAAAUAGAGAAACAGAUUCAGUCCAAAGGUCCGGGGAUAACCGAGAGAGAGAAAAGAGAAAUCAUUGAGAAUGCAGAGAAGGAAAAAAGCCCUGAGCAGAACUUGUUUGAGAAAUAUCUGGAAAGAAGAGGACGAAGUAACUUCUUAGCUAAGCUUUAUCUUGCAAGACAUCUGUUCAUCAUCUUUUUAAGCAUCAUACCAAUCACCUACUUAUCCACCUACUAUGCUACACAGAAGCAAAAUGAAUUUACAUGUGCACUAGGUGAGCCUCCAGACAAAACGAGCAGCUCCAAAUUGCACAUCAGGGUGAACUGUAAACUGCCGUCUGUCCAGCUCCAGCGGAUUAUUGCUGGUGUAGAUAUCGUUCUCCUCUGCUUCAUGAACUUGAUAAUCCUCAUCAACUUGAUUCACCUCUUCAUAUUUCGCAAGUCUAACUUCAUAUUUGAUAAACUGAACAAAGUUGGAAUAAAGACCAAGAAACAGUGGCAGAAGUCCCAGUUUUGUGAUAUCAAUAUUUUGGCCAUGUUUUGUAAUGAAAAUAGGGACCACAUAAAAUCAUUGAACCGUCUGGAUUUUAUUACAAAUGAAAGCGAUCUGAUGUACGACAAUGUUGUGCGCCAGCUGCUGGCAGCAUUGGCCCAGUCCAAUCACGAUGCCACUCCAACCAUGCGUGAUUCAGGGAUUCAGACCAUAGACCCAAGUGUUGAUCCAGCAGACAUUGAUGCUAAUGAGCAGCUCAUCAUUAAGAGACCAAGGAAGAAGAUGAAAUGGAUCCCGACUACCAACCCCCUUCCCCAGCCAUUCAAGGAGCAGUUAGCCAUUAUGAAGGUUGAGAACCACAAGCCGGACAAACCGAAGCCUGUGCGGAGAAAAACAGCGACAGACAGCCUUAUCGCUCCUUUAUUGGAGUCUGCUGCAAAAACCUCACAGCAAUCAUCUGCUCAUAAGAGCGAGCCAAACGCCAUCCCAAGCACAAGCAGUGAAAAAAAGCACACACGGCACUUUUCCUUGGAUGUUCAUCCAUAUAUACUUAGUAGCAAAAAACCCAAGCCAGAGGUUCAAGCCAUCCCCUCGAUGCCUACAUCAAAAAGCCAAGAGGGUGGAUUUUUAAACCAGGAAGAGAAUGUUGUAGUGCAUGUUACCUCCUCUCUCAAAGACACCCCUCAUCCUGCAAAAGAGAUCCUGUACUCCUCCGAGACUUGCAGAACUGUGCCUGCUGCUGCGGCUUUUGUCACGUGUAACCACAACCACAUAGCCACAACUGCUGCUGCCACCAGUAUGGCUUUGAACCAGGUCAAGGCAGAGCCGACCCCUGCACUGAGCUGCAACCCAGCCCACCCUUUGCUGCACAUCAACACGCUGUACGAGGACCACGAGGAGGAAGUUUCCAACAUGAUGGACAAUGGGAUUCACUCACCGACGGGUGAAAUGCUCUCCAUGCCCACCCCGAAGCAGAUCAGGCUGGCGACAUUUGACGAGCCCAUGGCCAUGGUGAGCUCGGUGGAGUACUGACAGCCCCGGGCCAGCCACGGCCAUGGCAGCGCUGGCCACGGUCCCCCAGCAAUGCAACUCACUGCAUGAGCAUGGAGAGUUUUCUCACAGACUAUAGCUUCUGGUAAUAACAACAAAAGGUUUUUCAGGAUCACGUCAUAAGCACUGACAGUCAUUUGUGAAAUAGAAUAAAGAAAAUCUGGUGGAAAUAGACCUUUAACACUAAGACAACCAUUAGCUCUAACUCUAAACUAUAGCUUCCUGAUUUAAAUGGGAAUUAGCACAAUUUAUGAACAUUAAGAGUCUAAUGGCACGCCACAGCAAUUUUAGUGAGUGUUUAAAUCCUUUGCAUUCAGAAUCACUGAUUAAAGUUAACAUGGAGGUGAGGUAUACUUUUUAAUGGCAGCAGUUAAAUAAGAGUUCUUUUUUAAGCAGGGAGGAUUUUUUUUUCUUUUUUUAAUUCAGGAUUAUGAAAAAGUUAUAUGCAAGCAAAAUUUGUGUUUGUUUGUUUCUUUAGCUCACUGAUGUUGGGCUUGAUGGAGACUUAGCUGAAAGGGCCUUACUACCACCAGCAUUUAAGUGCAAAAGAUUGAUACUCUUGAUCUCUUGCAUUUAUAAAUGAAAAUACCUGAAGUAUGCCCCGCCCUUUUACAUGCUUAUAUGUUUGAUGGAAGAUGAUUAAAUUAAGAGUUUAUUUUUUUAAAUAUAUUUUACCAUGGAAAAAAAUUACUUUAAUAACUUUUCAAACCAGGUGUUACUUUUAACAAUAUGUGUAGAAGACAGUCAUUGUAGCUGCUUAUUUUUUCAUAGUGUAUUUAUGAACCAGGUUAGAAACUUUCAUGGGUGCUUCACUGAUACAAACAAUCUUACAGAGGUCAUUACAAAAUAUCUUACAAAAUAUGAAACCAGCAAACCUGUUUUCAAAUAACACACAGUUAAAGAAGUCUAUUAAUUUAGUUCUACAGAUUUGGCUAGUCCUUGAUUCAGCAAAAAUUAAGGCCA